GAAACGCUCGUGACGGUGGCGUCGGCGAUUGCGGCCCCGACCAUCACCACCACCAUCACCAGCGCCACCACCGCCGGGCCCGUAGCCGGACUACCCACCAUGGCACCGACUUCCGGUGGCAGCGAGGAGCCCGGUGGGUUCGGGUUCUGGAACGGAACCACCGAGCUGCUGGCGGUGAACGCGACCGAACGCACCGCGUCGACAACAAUCGUAGAACCGGCCGAUCGGCUCGUCGAGCUGACGGUGCUGUGCUUGAAGAGUCUCAUCUUCGGAUCGAUCAUCAUCGGGGCUGUGCUAGGCAAUGCACUCGUUAUCAUUUCGGUGCACAAAAAUAGGAAAUUAAGAGUAAUAACCAACUACUUUGUAGUAUCUUUAGCAAUGGCGGACAUGCUGGUGGCACUUUGUGCGAUGACUUUUAAUGCAUCGGUGGAGCUGUCGGGAAGAUGGCUGUUUGGAUCGUUCAUGUGCGACGUGUGGAACAGUUUGGACGUCUACUUCUCGACGGCGAGCAUACUUCACCUCUGCUGCAUAUCGGUCGACCGAUACUUCGCCAUCGUCCGGCCGCUGGAGUACCCGCUGUAUAUGACGCACCGCACGGUGUUCUUCAUGCUGGCGAACGUGUGGGUGCUGCCGGCACUCAUCUCCUUCACGCCCAUCUUCCUCGGCUGGUACACGACGGCCGAGCACCUGAAGGCGGCGCGGACGAACCCGAACCUGUGCAUAUUCGUCGUCAACAAGUCGUACGCCAUCGUGUCCAGCUCGAUCAGCUUCUGGAUACCGGGCAUCGUGAUGCUGACGAUGUACUACCGAAUCUACAAGGAAGCGGUUCGUCAGCGGAAGGCGCUCAGCCGGACGAGCUCCAACAUCCUGCUGAACAGCGUGCAGAUCAACAACGCGUCCAACACGCUGCACGCUAACCACCAUCACCACCAUCAUCACCAGCAGCAUCUGCACCACCGGCACCAUCACCUGCGGGCGAGCGACUGCGAUCUCGGCAUCGACCUGAAGGACAUCCAGCACGACACGCACAGCGAGCUGAGCGAUCUCGACUUGCAGGGGCCCAUAGUGCCAACAGUCGUUGCCAACACGGACGACGAUUUCCUGGUUCCGUCCUCGCCACCCCGGCGCCUCAGCCGCAGCAGCAUCGACCUGCGCGACCUCGAGUACAAGAACGAGAGCAAAAUCAAGGGCUCCGACAGCGUGUCGUCCAUCUUUCCGCUGCACUACGAGAAUAACCUGCGCUACUCGGGCUCGGAGCCGAUCCACAUAAAGGAAGCCCAGCAGCUGGCCCUCCAGCAGCAGCAGCAGCAGCAACAGCAGCAGGUCGAGCAGCAGCAGCAGCGCCGAGCGUCGCGCAAGGACAGCUUCCGGCAGAUGAACUUUUUCCAGCCGUUCUUCUCACGCAACGGGCUGCUCAAAACGUACAUGAAGGGCAGCGGCACGGUCGGGGGGACGGCGAGCGGCAACCUGAACAACAGCCGCUCGGUGGAGCGCAACAACAAGAACAACGACAACCGCUCGAACAACAACAUCAUCGACCUGAUCAACGUGGCCUCCUCGCUCAACAAGGACUCGGAGAAGGAGGUGAACACGCACAAGCGCCACCAGAUAGCGGCGAGCGAGUCCGACUUUCUCACAAUGAUCGAGAAGCAGCGCCAGAAGCUGGGCAAGAACAAUCACAGCCUGAAGAACUGCAACAAGGACGAGAAGGAGCUGAUUUACGCGCUCAGCGAUUCGGACUUUGGUGCCGCGUUCCAGAAGCAGGAUGAGGGAGCGGCCCGCCGAUGCUUCAAGAACCUGGUGGGAGUAGAUCAGGGUGCGCCGGGGGCGGGUGGUAUGGAUGGUGCGAUCUUCAAGAUAGUCCUGAACGGUGAAUCUGGCGCUCAGACUGUCGGCGGAGAAGUACCCACCGCGGCUGGCGAUGGUGGAGACGUGGGAGAGGGUGUUCCGGCGGCCAUGGACACUCCGGAUAUUCUGAUCGGAUGCUUCGACCAUGGGUUCACCGGAUCUCGUCCAACGGUGAGCAGUCCCACUGUGAAGGAGUUGCUUGCGGACGAAGGAGCGCCCAUCCGGGCCUCCAGCCUAAAAGGAGUUGCAGUCCAAACGGGUCCUCCAACCGUCGACGUCCCUCUAGAGGGGAACGUGAUCGACCUGAUCUCGACGAUCAACAGCACCCCGUCGGCGGUGGAUGACCUACGGUCCGUGGGAUCCGUACCGAACCGGGAGAUCGCCUCGGUAAACCAGCUGUCGACGGCACUGAACGCGUCCCUGAACGCACGCUGCAGUCCCGUCAACAUCCAGCUCAGCGAGGCGUCCACCAUCUCGCUGGAUCUGGUCGCGACCAGCCCGAAGGAGAAGUUGCCACGCGUACCGACGUCGGCGCCCGCCACCGUCACCACGAUCGACAUCGCGAGCGAGAUGCUGAUGCUGACCGACACCAAUCCGGACAUCGUGAUCGACAACAGCCACACGGCGGCCUCCCUUUCGCCCACCUCGCGCACCGUCACCCCAUCGAGGGCGCCCUCCAUCAUGACGCCCUCGCCGCAGCAUCCCCGGCUCGGUCGCAAACGGCAGUCCUCCACCGUGACGUACAACAUCAACGUGAUCAACUUCCAGACCGGCGACAAUCCGGACGACGACUCUAGCUUCCAGCUGAACAACCGGAACGGCAGUGGUGGGGGUGUUGGUGGUGGAGGGGCUGCAACGGCCGGAGGACGAUCCAACAGCUCAACGAACUCGAGCCAGAAGUAUCAGCGCCGUGGCGCCAUCUGCAUCGUGAUCAACAACGACAACGUGGUGAACGCCAACGACACCGACACGGAGCUGGACGAGCCGGAGUGUGGCGGCAGCGUGUGCGGCUGGCCCGGUUGCGAUGGCGCCGGCGGCAGCGGCCAGCAACACGACCAGGACCAAGGCUCCUACGGCCACCACCAGCAACAACAGCAGCACCAACAGUACCACAACCACCACCACCACGGUCACCAUCCGCAUCAGCCGAGCUGUUGCUACCCGGGCGGCCACCAGGACGACGGUUCCGGUGCGGCCUCUUGCCGCCAUCACAAGUUCCGCAAGAUCAAGUGCCUCUGGAACCACCUGAAGCGGUACGGGUGGCGUCGUGUCCCGGCGGGGUGUGGCGGUGCGGACGACCCGGGGGGCAACAGGGCGCCCGCCACCUUCGCCACCGGAAAUCGGCUGACCGUGCCCAGUCCGCUUCCGCCCGGCGCCGGCUGCCGACAUUCGCGUUGCUCCAGCGUCGGAUGCGGAGAAGGCGGCACUUCGACACGCCAGUCGAAAGGAUGGCGAGCGGAGCAUAAGGCGGCCAGGACGCUCGGCAUCAUCAUGGGAGUGUUUCUGCUUUGCUGGCUUCCGUUCUUCCUCUGGUACGUCAUCACGACGCUCUGCGGUGAACAGGCGUGCCCCUGCCCGGACGUCGUGAUCACGGUGCUGUUCUGGAUCGGUUACUUCAACUCAACGCUCAACCCGCUCAUCUACGCCUACUUCAACCGGGACUUCCGGGAAGCGUUCCGGAACACGCUCCAGUCCCUGCUGCCCUGCUUCGUUCGACGCAGCCCGUACGGCCACAGCGUGUACUACGUGUAG